AUGCCGUCACUUUCUGAACAACUCGCAUCUUAUAGAGAUGUUAAGAACAAAACACUCAGAAGAUUCCGAUCUGAAUACAGAUCAAAAUUACCAUGGAACACGUGCAACGUAUCAAAGUCAUAUUAUUGUCUCCUAUCUCUUGAUGAAGAUUUUGAACAAUAUGAAUCUUUGUUCUCAGAUUCCUUGUAUGGAUUGUCAUCUUUAUCUUUAUCCAUUUCUGAUAAGAACCCAAAUAAUAAUAUUGAUAUAUUCAGAGAAUCUAAAGAUGUUGAGUUCAUGACAUCUGAAGAGUUAUCAGAGCUGAAUAAGUUGAUAGCAUCAUUUAUUGAGCACACUGUACAAUACUUCUUGAAUGAAAACACGCAGAUUUUAAUAGAUUAUCUCAUUUUCAGGUAUGAGAUUGAUUCAACAUUCACAGAGCAAUUAAUCGCAGCAUAUAUACAAUAUUACAACUCACCUUAUUUCUGUAAAUUAUUUUCACUAUUAACAAUUGAGAAUAAAAGCGGGUUUUAUUCUCUAUACCAAAGAAUAAAGGAUGUAACACUGGAUUUCACUGAGAGUAAAUAUGUAACGUUAAAUCUGGUUAUUUCAGAGAUUGCAAAAUCAUAUACUUUGUAUAAAGAGAUAUCCUCAGUUUAUAAUAAACUAUCGAGAUUAUCAAAUGCUAAUAUUAACACGGUUUCAUUUUAUAACUUUGUGAAUGCUCAAUAUAUAAUCACGAAUGGACCAUCACUUCAAGAUAAUGAAUUGAGGUACAUCAUUAACAUGACCAUGGGAGGACUACAAAUAGUUGAAAACGUAGAAUAUUUAAACUGUCAAAUGUGUUCUAUGAUAUCGAUAUUCUCCGCAGUGCAGUUACACAUCUCAGUUCAGAAGGAAAUGAUAAAUGCCUGCAGGCUAAUACUUAAUAAAAUUAACUCAAUGGAUACUAUUCCUGAAGAUUAUAUUUUGACAUUCAAGAGCUUUAUACUGGUGAUCGUGUUUAUGUUGCAUAACCAGACUCAACCGCUGGAGAAACUUCCAAGUGAAAUAACAAUUCCUCUGUUGCAAAGUGUGUAUAAGAAGUCAGUUAGAGAGGUUUUUGUGGAUAUUAAGGAAUCACAGAAAGCGUUGGAUUUCAGCAUUUUCACAAACUUACUCUUCCACUCACUAAUUACACAUUAUUUGAACAAGAAGUCAGAAGAAAUUGAACAAAACCUACAGACAACAGAUUAUAAUAAUAUAAUAAUAUGUGAUAUUAAAAAUUUCCUUCAGUUUGUUAAAGAAACAUUUGACCAAAAUUGCAUUAAGCAGAUAGUGUUAAAAAUAGUUUAUGAGUUGAAUAAAGUCAAUUCGAUGAUUAAAUCCCGCAACCAGUCAAUGAUAAAUUUUAGGAUAGAUGGGCUCGAGUUCUCAUUAAACCCUGAAAUUAAGCACAAGGCAGCCAUUCUAUUACUUGGCCAUUCAAUAGAGAUACUAAGGAGUUUAUCACCAAACACACUUGAGGCAACAUUGUUGGAAUACUUGAUGGGAUUGGAAUAUGAUGACCUAAGGAAAAAUAUAGAAGUGGUACUCUACAUUUAUCAUAGAAAAUCGAACGAUCUCUACUCAAUACUCAUAAUACUGUACAACAGACAUGCCAAUAAAAUGGAAAAUUUCACGCCAAUCAAAGCCUCCAAGUUGAACAGUAUGCAUUUGUAUCUUGCAAUGUUUGAGGAAAUGAAUUUAAAGAGGUUAGAUCAAGAGUCAAAACUAAAUUCGUUCAUAGAUUUCCUAGUAUACACAUAUGAAAUUAGGAAAUCACUGCCAGAAUUUAAUUACUACCUCUCAAGCUUUUUGCAGCGAAUAACCAAACACCCCGACCUCUUUUCAAAACUUUACUCCAAUGAAAGGUUUCUCGGCUCAGUACCAUCAAUAUUUUCACUCAACUCAAUUCUCCACAAUAUCAAAACCAUUAUAGAUGAUAUGGAUAAUAAUUACAAACAUCAUGUCAUUUUGUGUGGAAAUGAAGCAGAAUCUGGCGAUAUCGAUUCCUUAAUCUUUGAAGAAUAUGCUCAGCAUUUGAUGGAAAAUAAGAAGCUACUUGAGGAUUUAUUUAAAAACCUUGAGCUGUUUUUAAAAAUAUAUUCAAAGGCUGAUGAAUCUUCAAAGAGUAUUGUAAGUGAAAAAAUUAGUCCAUUCAUUACUUUUAUUAAGUCUACAUCUCAACGCAUUAAAAAUUCACAAAAUUACAACAACAUUUUCAAAGUUGAUUUUGGCUUUGAUAAUGGCACUAAUUUUCAUAUGAUAGAUGAAGAUUUGGUAACUAUAAACAAUAAGCUUAUGAGAAUGAUGAAGAAUAUUGCUAAGAAUAUUGAUGCAUCAUACAGUAUUGAUGUGGGAGUCGAACAAGUCAAUGGCCUAUUUAGCCCGUUUUGUGCAGUAUUUUAUCUAAUUAAAACUAUAGAACAGGUGAUAAAGGAAGGAUCUGAAGUUGAAUACACACAAAUGGUGUUGAUGAUGGAUUUAUUACUAAAAUAUGCAAAAAAUGCAGAUGUAUGUGAGAGUAUUAAAGGCUUCAUUUAUGAAGUUUAUAGACUAAUUUUUCAUAAAUAUGAAUCUAGAUUAUGUCAAUUGCACAGUAAAUUGAGUCCAAUUGUAACAGCUAAACGACUUCAGAUUAUACUAACUGAUCAAAAAUUGUAUAAGGAGUUUAAAAAAUCGAUGUUCGAUAGGAAUAAAAAGGAAAAAACGGGUUUAAGUAGUUUGUAUGAAUACUAUUAUCCGUAUGUGUUUGAAUUGUUCAGAAUAUGCACAAAAUUCUCUAAACACAACGAUUUUAAAGUGGUAUUUUAUAAAGAAAGUGGUGAGGUGAAGGUGAGAAUAUUGUCCCCUGCAAGAUUUGAAUAUUAUUUCACUAAUUUAGAAUACAAUAAAUUGUUGAAGGAUAGUGUUGUUCUGCAGUUUCUCUCAAAGAAUUGUGUCGAGUAUGAAAAUCAGUACCCAGAUAAUGAACAAUUCAGAGUAGAAUUAUUUGAUGAUAAUAAUGGAUUAGUGUUGGGAAACGGAUGCAAUUUUGUGCUUAAACUGUUUGAUCAAGUUUCCAAAGAGUCAAGUUCAGGAGAGCUGUUUUUGGAUUUGCUAAUAAAUUCGCUGGAUUUCAUAUAUACACCAUCAACCGAGCACGCCGUCCAAUUUUCUAAACUCAUUUACGAAUUGAGUAAAAAGUGUAAGGUUAAAAAGAUCGAGCAAGAUAAAUUGAGAAAGACAAUGUGUUCUGUAAAUGGGUUUGGAUUGGGUGAUGAGAAAAAAUACAGUAUAGAAGUUGAUUUAAAAUAUGACCUUGCAAAAUUAGUAACUGAUGUGAGAAACCAGGAUGUGAGUGCAAAUGGAUAUGAAGUUAACUUGAUUGCAGAGAUUGAGAGUGAUAUAGUGAUGGAUGAGAAGUUAUUCAAGCUGUUCAUGACUAACUUUUUCACAUCAGGGUCAAAGUGUAUGUUUAACACUGUGUAUGUAGAUAAGGUGAUAAGGCUGAUAGAUGAAUCUGGAAUACCAAUAUCUUUUCUAACACCGAUCUUGUGCCAAUUUGGAUCAAUAGUAGAAUCUUUACUAGUGGGCUUUAUACUUGGAAAACAUUUAUCAUUAAACACGUUAUUGUAUAAAUUAUCAGAAUUUUUAUCAUUUUCAACAGUGUUUCUACAGACAAAGGGAAUUAGUGAGGGUGAAGUUGAGCUGGGAGCUUUUUAUAAUUUCUCAAUGAGAAUGGUAACAAGAUAUAAGAAGAUGGAGUUGAAAUUAGGCGAACUCCCAACAAAACACUCUGGCAAUUCCCACAAUAUAGUUAAAUAUUUGGGAAAUCAAGCAGAUGACACGUGCUUAGUAGUAUUGAAUGAGUUUAAAACAGGUAUAUUCUGGAAGCUUUCAGAAGAACUUAGAGAUUCUAUAUACAGUUCAUUUGUUCAACUGAGCACAUAUUCAAAGGCAAAGUACAUAAACCACGCCUAUGAGUGGCUUUUUACAUUUAAAGAGUCAGAUGAUCUUUGCAUUUUCGAGUUCUUUAAACACUUACUUGAACUAAGAUUUAGAGACAGUGUGGUUACAUAUUUGGCUGGGAAUUUAAAAACAUUAAAGUCUUACGAGAUUAUGAUACACAUUCUACUGUCAUCAAUCUUGGGAUCAAAUAUGAAGUUGACAUUGCUUUGCAAGAUCGUUAACCAAUUCAUAAUUUCAAUGGAUUUUACAGAUAAAAAUUCACAGGCAUUUGUAUUUACACAUACAAACACAUUAUUGGAACACUACUCUAACUUAACCCACGAUUCCUCUUGUCACGACGAUGUAUUUAAGAAUUAUGUAAACAAAAGUUUGGAUAAGCAAUUUGAUAACUCACGUCCAAAUAAGUUAGGAAAAGAUAUUUUUGUAGAUGGAAUACUUGGUAUUAUCACAUGCGAAGAUAAUGAGAUAACUAAAGAUUGUGGAUUCUCAAAAUCACCAGAUAGUAUUAAUACUGAGCACAUGGAUUUAGAUGACUGUGAGGAUGAAUAUUUAAAUGAUAAAACUGAGUCAGAUGUAAAUGAAGUGAAUGUACUGUUUAAUAACAUUGUGAGGUUCCUUAAGCAACUUCUUGAUAGGAUGCAUAAAAUUGUUGAAACGGGUUCAGAUGAGGUUAAGAAGGAUUACAUGAGUUUUUACCAUUCAGUUUGCUCAUUUAUUAAUAAAUCAAUAACACUUUUGGGAGUUGAUUCUGUGAAAUUUAUAAAUAAACUCUUUCACACCCUUAUUGUGUGUGAUGUCAGACUGACGGUAAAAAAUAACGGCGAUUUGGAAGAAGCAGUGAGAAAUACAGUUACAUCAGCAGUUAAUAAUAUUCUUAUUUUUGGAGAUAAUACACUAAGUUUAAUAGAGGAAUUGCUGAGUCUAGAUAAAGGAAUGUAUGAUAAAUUGGUUUCAACAGUAUAUACAUCAUACCUGAUAUACACAUAUGUAUAUACAUCCACAUUAAAAAGAGAAGAAUCCAAUACUUCAUCAAAAUAUGAUAAAAUAUUGAAAAUGGUUAAUAAAUCUGACCAGUAUUUUAGCAUAUUAUCAAAUCUGAUUUUUAUUAACUUGAAGAUGCUCGAUUCGACACACAAAAACGAGGUUAAGUUAGAUAAAGUUAGAGGGUACCAGAUUUUGGACUUUAAAGGUAAAAACAAAUCAAGCCAAUUGUCAGAACAAGUUUCUACAGAACUGUUUAGAUUAAUAAUUUCAGAUUUGUUUUACCCGGACAUGUUUAAAAUUGAGGUAGACCUUUCAUUGUUUACCAAACAAUCAUCUAAGGCUCAAUUAUUUAUGAAAAUUAACCACUUUUUGUACUCACUGUUAUCAACAAUGGUAUACUACAAGCACUAUUAUGAGAUACAAGAUAAUCCAAAACAUAAGAUUAGUGAAACUGUCAGAAACAACAACACCGAAACCCCUAUAAAUAACAUUAGUGAAUCGUAUGAAAUGAUAACUAAUUUGAUACUUCACAUUUUCAGGAUUAACUCUGUGGGAGGGUACAAUUUACAUGUAUAUGAAAUAUUAAAGUGUAUAUAUGGGAAUGGAUUAGAAAAAACUAUUGUGUCAGAUGAACCACUAUCAACAAUGAUGAAUGAGAGAUAUUCUGAUAAUGUAUUCAUGUUUAAGUGGGACAUUUAUGUUAUCACAAACAUGUUGUGGCUAACAAAUAAGAAACAUGAUCAAGUGAAUGAAAAGGGAAAUUCGCUGAGAUUUAAGUAUGAGAAGGAGUUGGAACAGGUUAACACAAUGACAUGCAAAGUUUUGUUUGAACUGUUCAGAGUAUCUACUGAGGUUUACGAAUUGAAUGAAGAUGAGGAUUUGUUCAAGGAUAUCACGUACUUCAGAAACGAAGUUUGGAUUUACUUCAUAAACAACACGCCCAGUUCAGUGGACCAUUUCAUAGAUGUUCUCGGAGAGUCUUUAGAUACACUGGAGUUAGAUCAUCUGGAGGAUAUACCGUUAAAUUGGGCGUGCCUCGAUACAGCAUACGCGUUGAAGUUGAUAAUAGCAAUUGCUAGCAAGAGUGGGUUGGGAAAAGGAAUCAGUGAUAACUAUGACCAUGAUAAAGUUAUCAGAAUAUGUGAAAAGAUAACGAAGAUAAGCAGGGCACUAAUUUUCGACUCAGUUGUGGAUUCUGACUUUGUCCAAAUAAUGAUUUUGCUGCUGUGUUAUCUAUUGCUAAAGUAUUUCAAAGUGUCGUUGAAGAGAGAAUUUUACGAGUUCUGCAUGGAGUUAGUGUUGGAAUAUAGAUCUAAAGAAAACACGGGAGUGGUAGAGAUGAUAGAUGAUAGCACCGUGAGUAAGAGUGACGUGGAGAACGAAUUCGUGGGACUACACAUAGAUGACUGUUUGAAAGCAUUGGAAAACACAGAUAAAGUAAGCCUGAAGUUGCUGAAGAAGGAAGUUCUAAUGGCACAAAUAACACACUAUACAAGUCAGUCGAUUAACGUAAAGAUGCUGAUAAAGUUAUUUUCCAGUAUUAGGGAAAAGCAAGAUGAUAUUAGAGAACUGAUGAUUAGAGUUUCAAGGUUGUUAAAAGUGUUAUCGCUGAAUAUAAGGUAUGUUAAGCCUAAGAAAGACUACAAUGAUGACCUCAAAAACAUUUACUUUAUCUGCGUAAGGUAUUAUAAUAAGCUGACAUACGAGGUUAUAUUUGGAUUUAACGCCGAUUUAUGCGUGUAUAACACGUCUCAGAAUAAAUCAAUAAGUGACAACCUGGCAAAUUCAGGUAAACUCUCGUCAGGAUUAUUCUACGACAACCGUGAAUCUGAGUUGGUUUGGACGUUUGAAGACUCGUUUCUGUCAUUUGCUCUAAACUACUUUAGCCUGACAUCCUCAAACGAACUAGUUGACCUGUUGGAAAAACACAGUAAAAUAUGUCAUAAUGAUUUUGAAGACGAUAUUGGGGAUGAAGUUGAGGAGUCGUUAAUAAUGCAAAAAGAUGUUGGAAACAGGAACUUCUUGCUAGUCACACUAACAGCAAUAACUGAGUAUGGUAAAUACGGUGCAACCAACCUGAUAUCAACAAGACUCUCACAACACUUUGAGCAGUUGUCAGAGUGUCUUUUAAAUGAAGCAAUAAUAAACCGUAGAAAUUUAGACCAGGUAAUUGACCUGAAGAAAAGCAAGAAUUUCUACGAAAUAACCUUUGAAAACUGCUUAACAUGGUUUAUUAACUCCAAACUGUUAUUGGAAGUAGUUGAGAAAUCAAUAGACACAUGGAACAUUAAUCGAGGCUCAGUUCCAGAUGUGCUCUUGAAUUCGUGGUGUAAAAUUGUUAAAAAUCACAUUUCAAUUCUGAAUUGCUUGCCAAUUAAUGGGGAUGUGGAGGUUCAUAACGUUACGUCUGAAUUACUAGACUCGAUACAAAGAGCAAUCACACACCUAAUUAACGGUUUCAUAACUCAAGACGAAAAGAUAAUAAAGAUUGAAUCAUGUUUGUCUGAACAAUUGGCCACUAAGUCACUUAACACAAAGAUUGGGUGUUUGGCGUUGAUGGAUCACAUUUGGGAGGAAUUAGGCGUUCAUUUAACGCCUACGAUUAAGAAUGUAAUGCCGGUACUUGGUGAACUUGUGGAUGAUGAAUUUGAUGUUGUGAGGAGAAUAGCCGCAUCUGUAGACGCUAAGGUUAAGGAAGUAUUAUAUCAAAAUUGA